AUGCUUUGUAAUGCUCCUCCUCCUUCCUCCCUCCCUCCCCCCCUUCCCUCCCUCCCUCCCUCCCUCCUUCCCUCCCUCACUCCCUCCCUCCCUCCCUCCCUCCCUCCCUCCCUCCCUCCCUCCCUCCCUCCCUCCCCCCUUCCCUCCCUCCCUCCCUCCCUCCCUCCCUCCCUCCCUCCCUCCCUCCCUCCCUCCCUCCCUCCCUCCCUCCCUCCCUCCCUCCCUCCCUCCCUCCCUCCCUCCCUCCCUCCCUCCCUCCCUCCAUCCCUCCAUCCCUCCCUCCCUCCCUCCCUCCAUCCCUCCCUCCCUGCCUGCCUUCUUGCAUCGCUGGCUCUACCCUUCCCCAGGUCCCCCCUCCCCCAGGCCAUGCACCCGCCAGCCUAUCAGAGUGCAGGCUCCAUCCGCUGUGACGUCUGCACCACCUCAUGCACUCGUCUACCCCUUACUGUCAUCGGCCCAACAGACAUCCUCCAGUCAGACGUGGUUAUCCGCUGUGACGCCUGCACUGCACCACCUCAUGCGCUCGCUCGCCUGCCUUUAACUGUCAUCGGCCCGACUGACAUCCUCCAGUCAGACGUGCCCCUUGUGAAGGCCUUGCAACUGCACCUGCUGCACCUCUGCUCCCCACCUGCUGCUGACACCCUUCCAGCAGCAGCAACCCCGCUUCUCCCAUCUCCCCGCGCCUCUUGUGCUCUGCUCUGCUCCCCACCUGCUGCUGACACCCUUCCAGCAGCAGCAACCCCGCUUCUCCCAUCUCCCCGCUCCUCUUGUGCUCUGCUCUGCUCCCCAACUGCUGCUGACACCCUUCCAGCAGCAGCAACCCCGCUUCUCCCAUCUCCCCGCGCCUCUUGUGCUCUGCUCUGCUCCCCACCUGCUGCUGACACCCUUCCAGCAGCAGCAACCCCGCUUCUCCCAUCUCCCCGCGCCUCUUGUGCUCUGCUCUGCUCCCCACCUGCUGCUGACACCCUUCCAGCAGCAGCAACCCCGCUUCUCCCAUCUCCCCGCGCCUCUUGUGCUCUGCUCUGCUCCCCACCUGCUGCUGACACCCUUCCAGCAGCAGCAACCCCGCUUCUCCCAUCUCCCUGCUCUGCUCCCAUUUCUCCUUUUCUCCCCUCCCGGCCUCUUGUGAAGGCCCUGCGCCUGCACCUGUUGCACCUCUGCUUCCCACCUCCCAACUCUCACUCCCUUUUCCCUUGCUUUCCCCCAUUCUCUCCCAUUUCCCUCCCCUUCCUCCCCCCAUUCCCCUAUCAGCCGCUUGUGAAGGCCUUACGACUGCACCUGCUCCACCUCUGCUCCCCACCUCCUGCUAACACCCCCCCCCCCCCCCCCCUCGCUUCUUUUCCCCUCAUCCCUCCGUUUCCCCCCUUUCAGCCACUUCCGGCAUCGACGCCAACGCUCCCCUCCCCCUCCGACCGCACCGCCUUCUGA